CCCCCUCCCGGGCUCUGGGGCCGCCUCCUCGUCGGCUCUUCCCGUCUCGCCCCCUCUCCCGGCCGCCCCGGGCCCGAGCCCGGCCAGGGAGCCCCCAGGCCUCGGCUUGGGGGCCGCCCCCCCGCUCGCCGCCCCGCGCAGCCCGGCGGAGGCGGCGCCGUCGGAGGAGGAGGAGCAGGGCACUGCGGCUGGCCCGGGAUCGGGCGCCAGAGCGGCAGCGGCUUCGGCAGCAGCGGCGGCCCGGGCCAAUGCAGCGGGACGCACCGCCCCGAGCCCCAGCCCCGGCGCCUCGGCUCCCCGCGCCCCCGAUCGGGGUCGCUGCCAGCAGUGGCGGCGGCGGAGGCGGGGGCAGCGGUGGCGGCGGAGGCGCCUCUGCAGCUCCGGUGCCUCCUGGCCUCCCGGGAACUACAAGUCCCAGGGGGCCUGGCGGCGGCCGACGAACGGAAGAGGCGGGGUCGGCGCCGCGAGGCCGGAAGUGGCCGUGGAGGCGGAAGUGGCGCGGCCGCGGAGGGGCCUGGAGCACGGCGGCGGGACCCGGAGCGGGAGCGGCGGCGUCGGCGGCGGCUGGGGGCGGCGGUGGCGCGUUGGAGGCGGCCAUGGCAAAGCAAUACGACUCAGUGGAGUGCCCCUUUUGUGAUGAGGUGACCAAAUAUGAGAAGCUCACUAAGAUCGGCCAAGGCACUUUUGGGGAGGUGUUUAAGGCAAAGCAUCGCUUGACCGGCCAAAAGGUGGCUCUGAAGAAAGUACUGAUGGAGAAUGAGAAGGAGGGGUUCCCCAUUACAGCCUUGCGGGAAAUCAAGAUCCUCCAGCUCCUAAAACAUGAGAACGUGGUCAACUUGAUUGAGAUCUGUCGAACCAAAGCUUCCCCCUAUAACCGCUGCAAAGGCAGUAUAUACCUGGUGUUCGACUUCUGCGAGCAUGACCUUGCUGGGCUGCUGAGCAACGUGUUAGUCAAGUUCACACUGUCUGAGAUCAAGAAGGUCAUGCAGAUGCUGCUCAAUGGCCUCUACUACAUCCAUAGGAACAAGAUCCUGCACAGGGACAUGAAGGCAGCGAACGUGCUCAUCACCCGAGACGGGGUCCUGAAACUGGCAGACUUUGGGCUGGCCAGGGCCUUCAGUCUGGCCAAGAACAGCCAGCCCAACCGCUAUACCAACCGUGUGGUGACACUCUGGUACCGGCCCCCGGAGCUGUUGCUCGGGGAGCGGGACUACGGCCCCCCCAUUGACCUGUGGGGUGCUGGGUGCAUCAUGGCGGAGAUGUGGACCCGCAGCCCUAUCAUGCAGGGCAACACGGAGCAGCACCAGCUUGCCCUCAUCAGCCAGCUCUGUGGCUCCAUCACCCCUGAGGUGUGGCCAAAUGUGGACAAGUACGAGCUGUUCGAGAAACUGGAGCUGGUUAAGGGCCAGAAGCGGAAGGUGAAGGAUCGGCUGAAGGCCUAUGUGCGCGACCCCUACGCACUGGACCUCAUCGACAAGCUGCUGGUGCUGGACCCUGCGCAGCGCAUCGACAGCGACGAUGCCCUCAACCAUGACUUCUUCUGGUCUGACCCCAUGCCCUCGGACCUCAAGGGCAUGCUCUCCACCCACCUGACAUCCAUGUUCGAGUACCUGGCGCCACCGCGCCGGAAGGGCAGCCAGAUCACCCAGCCUUCCACUAACCAGAGCCGCAAUCCCACCAAUACCAACCAGACGGAGUUCGAGCGUGUCUUCUGAGUGGCGGCGCUGCUGCUUUUCCUGGGGGCUCUCGUCGUCUUUUUCUUCGGCUGUGUGACUCGCCCUGUGGAGACGGCGGGGCGUUGGAGUUUUCCUCCAGUGCAUGUUUUGUCUUAUUCCCGUCUGGGCACUGGGAAUGCCAUCCGAGUGGACUGGAGUGAAGCUUGGGCUCAGUGUCCAGGAGGGCACUGCGGCUGCCUCCCUGGUUCCCGGAUCUCCGGAGAAGGUCCAGAGCGUCUCCACUUACCUUAGGACAGGGAUGGGGUGUGCGGAGAGGUGCACCCCACCAGUGACUUUCUAGGUUCCCAGCAUGAUGGGAGGAAAGACAGGUCCUCACCCAUCCCCGGUUUUUCUCUUGGCCCAAGAAACUUGCAUGGGGACAACGAGCCUGGAAUAUGGGCUGCUCGUGGCCUGAGCCUCAGAGGCGCUGGGGCUGGCAAAACCUUGGUUUCUUCAGUAGGAGAAUUUGAUCAUGUUUGUUUUAGUCGGUUGUUUAAAGACAUUCCUGGACACAGUUUGACCAGUUACAAUUAAAGUUGACUUUUUUUUUUCUUUUUUCACUAA